AUGGCUCCUACCUCACUGCAAUCUACCUACAAGCUGGUCUCAGGCUAUGAGAUCCCUGUCGUUGGCUUCGGUGUUUACCAAACACCCCCCGAUGUCACCGAGCAAGUGACCCGCAAGGCCAUUGAGAUCGGAUAUCGCCAUGUCGACAGCGCCAAGUAUUACGAAAACGAAUUGGAGAGCGCGGCUGCCAUCCUGAACUCCGGAAUUGACCGCUCGAAGCUCUUCUACACCAGUAAGGUGCCCACGAGCUGCAUGGGAUAUGAGAAAGCCAAGAAGGCCAUUGAAGAAAGCAUCGCGGCGGCGAAGGGCCUCGGCUACAUUGAUCUGAUGUUGAUUCACGCACCCUACGGCGGCAAGGAGGACCGCCUCGGCGCAUGGCGCGCACUCGUGGAGGCCCAGAAGGCUGGCCACAUUCGCUCGCUGGGUGUGUCCAACUAUGGUAUCAAGCAACUCGAGGAGCUGGAAGAGUACAUCAAGAAUGGAGGCGGUGGACAGAUUACUGUCGGCCAGUAUGAGAUUCACCCGUGGUGCCCACGUAACGAUAUCGCGGCAUGGUUGCAGAAGCGUAACAUCGUUGUUGAGGCAUACUCUCCCCUCGUGCAAGCGACACGCAUGAAGGAGCCAGUCUUGCAGGAAUUGGCUAAGAAGCACGGAAAGACGGAGGCUCAGAUUUUGAUCCGUUGGAGCUUGCAGAAGGGAUACGUGCCCCUGCCCAAGUCAGUGACCGAAUCUCGGAUUCUGGAGAACACCCAGGUCUUCGAUGUCUCUUUGUCGGAUGAGGAUAUGGCUAGCCUGAACUUCAACACCCAUGAGCCCGUGUGCUGGGACCCCGCCCGGGACUGCAAGAUCUAG